UGAAAAGACAAAUCAAGGGGUGAAUUUGAAAAAAAGGUUUCAGCUUAUGUGGAGAAGUUGCUGUGAAGCCACCUGUAAAUCCAUUUACUGAAUUUAUGGAGACGGCUAUAAAUGAUGGAAGUCAUUCAGAAGAACUCUUUUCCCAUCUUAAAACUAUAUCAGAGAAAGAAGAUUUACCACGGUGUACCAGUGAAAGUCAUCUCAGCUGCCUGAAGCAGGACAUCCUAAAUGAAAAGACUGAAUUGGAAGCGACACUUAAGGAAGCAGAGUUGGUAACUCGUUCUAUAGAAUUACUUUUGCCACUAUUUAAGGACACCAUUGAAAAGAUUAAUUUUGAAAAUGCGAAUCUUUCUGCAUCGAAUUUGAAGAUUUCCGAACAGAAGGAAAUAUUAACAAAAGAAUUAGACACUUUCAGAAGUGUAAAACUAACUUUAGAACAUCUUCUUAGAGAGCGAGACUACAAACAAACAGGAGACAAUUUACCCAGCAUGUUGCUAGAAAAUUUAACUGAUAAUGAAAGUGAAAAUACUAAUCUUAAGAAGAAGGUAUUUGAAAAGGAGGCCCAUAUCCAAGAACUUUCUUGUUUGUUUCAGACUGAAAAGGCAAAUACUUUGAAAGCAAAUCGUUUUUCUCAAUCAGUAAAAGUAGUACAUGAACGACUACAGAUCCAAAUUCAUAAAAAGGAAGCCGAGAAUGAUAAGUUGAAAGAAUACGUAAAGAGCUUAGAAACCAAGAUAGCCAAGUGGAGCCUGCAAUUGAGAAUGAAUAAGAAUGAGGCUGUAGUGAUGAAAGAAGCAAGUAGGCGAAUAGCUGUAGCUUUAAAAAAGGCAUCUAAAGUUUACAAACAGAGGCUUGACCAUUUUACAGGAGCUAUUGAAAAACUUACUUCCCAAAUUAGAGAUCAGGAAGCCAAGUUAUCUGAAACAAUUUCAACUUCCAAUGCCUGGAAAAGUCAUUAUGAGAAAAUUGUAAUAGAAAAAACUGAAUUGGAAGUACACAUUGAAACAAUGAAAAAGCAAAUCAUCAAUCUUUUGGAAGCUCUGAAGAAAAUGGAAGACGAUGGAAAAAAUUCAUGUGAAGAAAUUCUUAGGAAAAUUCACUCAAUUGAAUAUGAAAAUGAAACUCUGAAUCUUGAGAAUACAAAAUUAAAGACUACACUUGCUGCUUUGAAGGAUGAAGUUGUUGCUGUUGAAAAUGAACUCUUAGAAUUGCAAGAAGUAGAAAAAAAACAGAAAACCCUUGUUGAAAUGUAUAAAACUCAGGUACAAAAGUUGCAAGAAGCAGCUGAAAUAGUAAAAAGCAGAUGUGAAAAUUUGCUACAUAAAAAUAACCAAAUGACAAAAACCAAAAAUAAAAAUAUAGAGAAGAUGAAAGGCCAGAUGGAGUGUCAUCUGAAGGAGUUAGAGCGUGUCUGCGAUUCCUUGAUGGCAGCUGAACGGAGGCUUCACGAGUGUCAGGAGAGUCUGCAGUGCUGCAAGGGGAAGUGUGCAGACCAGGAACACACCGUUAGGGAGCUUCAGGGCCAGGUUGAUGGAAAUCACAGUCUUCUGACAAAGCUUUCUCUGGAAGAGGAAAACUAUCUUAUUCAGUUGAAGUGUGAAAACCUUCAACAAAAAUUAGAACAGAUGGACACAGAAAAUAAAGAGCUUGAGAAGAAGCUGGCAAACCAAGAAGAAUGUCUUAAGCACAGCAAUCUUAAGUUUAAAGAGAAAUCUGCAGAAUAUACAGCAUUGGCCAGACAACUAGAAGCCGCUUUAGAAGAAGGAAGACAAAAGGUUGCUGAAGAAAUAGAGAAAAUGUCAUCUAGAGAGAGAGCUUUACAAAUUAAAAUAUUAGAUCUGGAAACUGAGCUUAGAAAGAAAAACGAAGAACAAAAUCAACUUGUUUGCAAAAUGAACAGUAAAGCACAACAUCAGGAAGUGUGUUUGAAAGAAGUACAAAAUAGUCUUGAGAAGUCAGAAAAUCAAAAUGAGAGUAUUAAGAAUUAUUUACAGUUUCUUAAAACUUCUUAUGUAACAAUGUUUGAAUAAAUUGUCAGAUUUAUUUUCUCUAAGUAGUAGAUUUUUAUUAUGAGUCUAAGAUGUGAUUGGGUAAAAAAAUAAAUAUACUAUCAGUCAUAUUUUAUGAUUUAUGGGUGAUAGUAUUAGAGUUUUUAUGUAAAGAUUUUUGAAACAUAAUUUAUCUAACUGAAACUUUAAAAUAGGAUAGUUGUUA